GCGAAUUGAAGGGAAAGGGGUUGCACGUGAUGCAGAGGGCGGAUGAACCGAACGACGAUUUCCUUGGGUUUUGCGACCUUUUCUGUAUACGCACGCCGUAAGGCGGCUAGCUGCAAGAGCAAGCGAAUGAAUAUACCUUAUCUCUGUUCAUUACGUACUCGAAGGUUUUCACGCUUCGGUAGGUCGUGACUGAAUCUGACAUUUUCGAUUCAACGAGGAAAGCGACGUACUAUCGCUUCCCAUAGCCCUUGUGUCGGAGGUUUGUCAUUUGGUUACAAGGCCUAUAUUUACAUGUAUAAAUGUCGUUCCUUGGUCUCGAAGGCAAGCAUGCUUUCGUCACGGGCGCUCGGGGAGGUAUUGGCUCGGCCAUUGUGACAGAGCUGUUAGCGGCCGGCUGCAGAGUUACAGCCCACGACCUCAAGCGCCCAGCCCCGGAAGACCACAACCUCGUCUACCCCCUUACCGGCGACAUCUCCGACGAACCCUCCAUCUCCGCAGCCAUCUCCUCCGCACUCGCCCACAACGGACCCAUCCACAUCCUCUGCGCCAACGCGGGCAUCACGAACGAAACCGCCCACCCUCCCAUCUGGGACCUGGAUCUCGAAACCUGGGAGCAUGUCUACCGCGUUAAUGUCCGCGGGACCUUUUUGACGAUCAAGCAUUUUCUGCGCGCGGCCAAGGAGUACCAAUCUCGUACUGGAGCGGAGAUUGAGGGGUUGAGUGUUGUGGUGACGGGUAGCGAGUGUGGCAAAUUCGGCCAAGCGGGGCAUGCCGAGUAUGCGAGCGGGAAGGCGGGGUUGCAGUAUGGGCUUGUGCGGACGGUGAAGAAUGAGAUGGUGAGGUUGAAUGCGAGGGGGAGGAUUAAUGCCGUUGCGCCCGGGUGGGUGAGGACGGCGUUGAUUGGGGAUCGGUUGGAUGAUCCGAGGGAGUUGUAUGUGGAGGCGCAGGGGACGGUGGCGUUGGGGAAGAUUGCGGAGCCGCGGGAUGUGGCGAGGAUGGUUGUCGUGUUGGCGAGUGAGCGGGUUAGUGGGCAUGUGAGUGGAGAGUGUUUGAGUGUUGAUGGGGGGAUGGAGGGGAGGAUUGUUUGGAGGGAGGAGGAGGUGCUGGGAGGUGGGAGCAAGGAGGGGGUGGGUGGGGAGGCGGUGGGAGUUGGGAAGGGUUUACCGCUGUUGCCGAAGCAGGUAGGCCGUGGGAGGGUGAAGGAGAAGGUCAAGUUUGCUCUGUCUAUAGAUUUCGACGCCGUUUCUGGCUGGCUGGGUACCGGUGCACAUCCUGAUAACAACACCGCGGACUACAGUCAAGGCUACUUCUCUGGGCUCGUCGGAGUGCCGCGCCUGCUCAAAGUACUGCGGAAGCUGGGAAUAGCGGAUAGGAUGACCUGGUGCAUCCCUGGCCACAGCCUUGAGACUUUCCCCGAGCAGGCAAAAGCUAUCAUCAAGUCCGGCGCCGAGAUCGCACUGCACGGCUACGCGCACGAGUCCGCGUCUCAGAUGACGGCGGAGCAGGAACGUGACGUGCUGCUCCGCAGCAUCGAGCUGGUACAGAAAGCCACUGGAGAGCGACCGAGAGGCUACCGUGCUCCUCUCUAUCAAAUCAGCGAGCGCACCGUCGCCCUGCUACAGGAGCACGAAUUCCUCUGGGAUUCGUCACUGACACACCACGACUCUUCGCCUUACUUCGUCCCCCUCAACCCGGCCCCAAUAACACCCAUCGAUUUCUCACCAAACAAGAAAGCGGCAGACUGGAUGCACCCUUCGCCGCAUUUCGACAGCUUACCGAAGAGUCAGCUCGUAGAGAUUCCACUGAAUUGGUACGAAGAAGAUGCCACGCCGUUGCAGUUCUACCCGCAUACGGUCAAUUCGGCCGGGUACGUGGAUGUGCGGGUCGUGGAGCGGAUGUGGAUGGAUCGACUGGAGUGGUUGAGGGGAGAGGUGGCGGAGGAAGAUGGGGAGAUGAAGGUGAUGAGUUUGGUCUUGCACCCGGAUACUAGUGGGAUGGCGCAUAUUAUUGGCAUGAUUGAGCGGUUUCUGAGGUGGGUGCUGAGUCUGGGCGAGGAGGUGGAGUUUAUGCGGUAUGAGGAGAUUGCUGCAGAGUACCGGCGGCGACAGAAGUCUUCGUGAAAGAGCAGUGCGCCUGUUGCCAUGAAGGGUGUCGUGAACUGCACGUUGCCAUGUUCAGAUUUCGUUUCGUCUCCGGCGACAUACAUUGACAACCUCGAAACUGGGCAUAUAGGCCAAGC